CUUGUUUAAAUGUUAACCGAUCUUUAUUAUAAAAAUCUUUUUUUUAAUUUAGCAAUAUUAAUAAUAAAAAAGUUUAACUUAUCUUACAAUGUUUUUCUUGGUUUCUGUGUAAUGUCAUAUAAUUUCGUUUUUGCAUAAGAGUUUUCUAAAUUAUAUUGGUAUGGAACAACAAAAUAAUCUAAAAAUAUUAACCAAAGAAACAUAUGAAGAGAUAUGUGACUAUAUAGACGUGUUGUUAAAUGAUGGCAAAGAUUUGAAUCGAUACAACUUUAUUGAACAAAGCUUAAAAAAAAAAUUUAUUUAUGUAGAUCCAAGAAGUUUAUUAAGUAUUGCUGAUCAAAGAGUUCAAAAGUACACCAUUCAACGACAUCGAAUAGCAUUCAAUGACUCACUUUUAAACAAAUAUAAAGAUUUAAAAAAAGUAUCAAUAAAUCCAUUGCUAGAUUUAGCUAACAAUUUAAAAAUGCCUUCCAUGUUGGUGGCAAAAGCUUUAAUGCAGGAAAAAAUGAAAAGUGAAAAGCAAAAUGAUUGUACCAAUUUAUUAGUUGAAACAUCUGGUAUUACAUAUAACAAUAGUACCGAUGAAUUGUCUACCACUACAAUUAAUACUUCUUUUAACGAAACGACAGAAGAAAAAUUAUCAUCUCAACUUCAGUGGUUAUCAAAUGCUAUUUUGUUAAAAUUAAAAAAGAAUAAAGAAGUAAAAGGGGACAAUAGUUCAUUGGGAGAUAUUAAUUUAUCUUUGAACUCUUCUACUACCUCUACACUAUCUUGUACAUUGUCCAACCAUUAUCUUACAACAAAUUCUUAUUUAAUUAAGGAUGAUCCCCAAUUAGCUUAUCAAGUAUUUAUAUGUUCAGUUAUGGAUUCAUUUUAUGGCAGUUGUGCAGAACAACUCAAAAGUCUUAAUGGGAAAAGAUAUGAGCAAAUUUUACGUAAUAAAAUCAAUAAAAAUGGUGACUCAAUAAAUUCUCAAUAUUGGACUGAAAGUGAAUGCAGAGCUCGCGGCUUAGACAUGACCCCUGACAUCGUACUUCAUGAACCACUUGCUGUUGUUCAAAAUGAAGAUAAUCAUUUUUUUGUCAACUGGAUUGAAUCAAAAGCUAUGUUUGGUUGUGAAGGUUUUCGUACAAGAGGAGCUUUUCAUAAGCAAUUAUUUCCUUACUGGAAUAGGUAUGGUCCAGGAGUAGUAAUUUACUGGUUUGGAUAUGUAGAAGAAAAAUCUGAAGAAAAUGAUUUUACUAAGUAUUGUUUAUUAGCAGAUGAUUGGCCACCAAAAAACAGUAAAAUAUUACGUUAUGGUAGCAGCAUAAGAAAAAAAAUUUGA